UAAAACAUCGUUUCGUUUGCCUUUCGUGUUUCUUUCGGCCCGGUUUCUUUUUCUUCUGCCCAGUAGGCACAUGGUUUUGGGUAUUAUCUUUAAAAAGAUAACUAGCAAUCGACAACUAAUUACGUUAACAGUACCAUCGACUUGCAACAUGGGUAAUGUUAUUGCUGCUGGCCCUCCUCCUCCACCACCACUACCACCUGCAUUAGUGGCUGAAGAACGUUCUUUAGAGAACCCUGGAACAGUCGAGGAUUUACACAAGAAAACAAAAGAUGUUUUUCCAGUCAAUUUUGAUGGAGCCAAGAUAAUGGUGAACAAGGGUCUCAGUAAUCAUUUCCAAAUUUCACACACACUCAACAUGAGCUCGGUGACACCAUCUGGAUACAGAUUUGGAGCUACAUAUGUAGGAACACAACAGUUUGGCCCAGCUGAAGCAUAUCCUAUUUUACUUGGUGACAUUGAUCCUAGUGGGAAUUUGAAUGCCAACAUCAUUCAUCAGUUAAAUAAGAAUAUCCGCAUGAAAUUUGUUUCACAGAUUCAAAGUUCAAAAUUUGUUGCCACACAACUCACUACUGACUACAAAGGCAGUUCCUUUACAGCCUCAUUGACACUGGGAAAUCCUGAUUUUAUCAAUGGAUCAGGUGUAUCUGUACUCCACUACCUCCAAACAGUUGUACCUAAUGUUGCUGUCGGCGCGGAAGUAGCUUACCAGUAUGGUUCAGGAAUUCCAGGCGGAGGUGUCGCCGUCAUUUCUGGUGUCGGCAGAUAUACUGGUUCAAACUGGAACUUGAGUGGCACAGUGGGUGGCUCUGGUUUACACCUGUGCUAUUACCAGAGAGCGAGCGAACAAGUUCAAGUGGGUGUAGAACUGGAAAGCAACAUCCGAGCUCAAGAAUCUGUAGCAUCGAUAGGCUAUCAAAUUGAUUUACCGAAAGCAAACCUGGUCUUCCGUGGCAUGUUGGAUUCUAAUUGGACUGUCGGUGGAGUAUUAGAAAAGAAAUUGCAGCCUCUUCCGUUCACGUUCGCGUUGAGCGGUUUGAUGAACCACCCUAAGAAUCAGUUCCGCUUAGGUUGCGGUUUGAUUAUAGGCUAGAAUCGAAGAAAUAGCUAUUGUGAUGCCAAGGAGAGCUUCAUACUAAUUUGUAGUCAAUUCAAAUCUACCACAUGAUCAUGGACAAUUUGGUAUAAAUCAGCUGUACAACGAUGCCAUCCGAUUCUUUAAAUAUCAUUCAAUUCCUGGACAGCCGUAUGGUUGUAGCAAAUUGUUCAUACAAAUCCACUCGGUAGUAAAUAUGUCUAAUACAACAGAUUUUUUUACAGAA